CUUCAUUGAUGGACGAUCGGAAGAGGCAACUUGAGGCACAAAUACAUCAAACUGUUGAAGAAGAUAGAGAAAUACUUUUUGAAAUGAUGUAUCUCAUGCAAAGCAAAUAUGAAACCAAAGAAAUGUCAGAAUUUGUCUGGAAUAGAACUCAUUUCUGGGAACGAAAGUGCAAAGCAUUCUAUAAGAAGAUGAAGCCAAUUGGGAUGAAGAAUAUGCACACCCUAGUCAUAAAGCCCAACAUUAGUCUCAACUUUUAUAAGAAAAUGAUGAAAAUUACUGAGAUUGAAGAAGUCUAUUGGUUGAAAUUUGAGCUUUUUAAUGACAGAAGAGAUAGCUAUUAUCUGAGAUUUGUCCUUAAGUGGACUCCGAGAAUUGUCAGAAGACUAAAUCUUCAUGAAUGAUGAAUUAGCAAGAACAAAUUUAGAAAGAUCCUUCAAACAGGAAGACAUAUUAAAGAGAUGGAGUAUGUUGGAUGCAAUAUAGCUAUGAAAGGAAUUCAGCUUAGCAGUUCUUUGAAUUACUCUAUUGAGAAAUUAGUAUUUCUCUAUAGAAUCUCUAAUGAAGAUAAUUCUAUCAAAGAGAUCAAAGAGGGGCUUAAGAAUUUGAUCAAAGCAGCCUCAUCUACAAGCAUGAGAACAUCUCUUAAGGCUAUAACUGUCAACGCACCAACAAUAUCAAAAGAUAUUUUUAGAUACAAAAAAUCUCUAGAUCUUACUGGUCUAAUCAUUUUCAGAUGAUCAUGGCCAUGUGAUUAACCACUCAUAUUUCAAUCUGAAUAAAUUCACCUGGG